CCUCGCUGCGAGUCGGGCCGCUGGUGCUGGCGUUGAAACGUGACCGUGGCCCGACCCUAAAGGGGAGGGGAGCGGAGGGGGGCCGGAGUCCUUUAAAGCGAGGCAGGCAGGUGCCUGCCCCUUUAAGGGCGGGGCGUCCCGGUGACCGAGUCUGAGCCCCAGAUCGCCCCGGAGUUUCCGCCGCCGCUUGCGAGGCGAGCUCCUCGGCUGGGUCCGGGUGUUUGGCGGCGGCGGCGGCGGCUUCAUCCCCGCUCGGCCUCCCCCGGGCCCAGAGACGGCCUAGCCUCAGUCAUGCUGAGCAGAGUAUGGAAGCGGCGGACUACGAAGUGCUGUCCGUACGGGAGCAGCUAUUUCAUGAGCGGGUCCGCGAGUGCAUCAUCUCAGCUCUUCUGUUUGCCACACUCUACAUCCUUUGCCACAUCUUCCUGACCCGCUUCAAGAAGCCUGCAGAGUUCACCACAGUGGAUGAUGAAGAUGCCACAGUCAAUAAAAUUGCGCUGGAGCUGUGCACUUUUACCCUGGCCGUUGCCCUGGGUGCUGUCCUACUCUUGCCCUUCUCCAUCAUCAGCAACGAGGUGCUGCUGUCCCUGCCUCGGAACUACUACAUCCAGUGGCUCAAUGGUUCCCUCAUCCAUGGCCUCUGGAACCUGGUUUUUCUCUUUUCCAACCUGUCCCUCAUCUUCCUCAUGCCCUUUGCGUAUUUCUUCACUGAGUCCGAGGGCUUUGCUGGCUCUAGAAAGGGUGUCCUGGGCCGGGUCUACGAGACAGUGGUGAUGCUGCUGCUGCUCACUCUGCUGGUGCUGGGCAUGGUGUGGGUGGCGUCGGCCAUCGUGGACAACAAGGCCAGCAGGGAGUCACUCUACGACUUCUGGGAGUACUAUCUCCCCUACCUCUACUCCUGCAUCUCCUUCCUCGGGGUCCUGCUGCUUCUGGUGUGUACCCCGCUAGGUCUCGCCCGCAUGUUCUCAGUCACCGGGAAGCUGCUGGUCAAGCCCCGGCUGCUGGAAGACCUGGAAGAGCAACUCUACUGCUCGGCCUUUGAGGAAGCAGCUCUGACACACAGGAUCUGUAAUCCCACCUCCUGCUGGCUGCCUUUGGACAUGGAGCUGCUGCACAGACAGGUCUUGGCUCUGCAGACACAGAGGGUCCUCCUGGAGAAGCGGCGGAAGGCUUCAGCCUGGCAGCGGAACCUGGGCUACCCCCUGGCCAUGCUGUGCUUGCUGGUGCUGACCGGCCUGUCUGUGCUCAUCGUGGCCUUCCACAUCCUGGAGCUGCUCAUCGAUGAGGCGGCCAUGCCCCGAGGCAUGCAGGAUGCCUCCCUGGGCCAGGUGUCUUUCUCCAAGCUGGGCUCCUUCGGUGCCAUCAUCCAGGUUGUCCUCAUCUUUUACCUGAUGGUAUCCUCCGUCGUGGGCUUCUAUAGCUCUCCGCUCUUCCGGGGCCUGCGGCCCCGGUGCCACGACACAGCCAUGACUCAGAUAAUUGGGAACUGUGUCUGCCUCCUGGUCCUAAGCUCGGCACUUCCUGUGUUCUCUCGGACUCUGGUGCUAAGAUGUGGCCGCCAGGAGGCAGCAGAAAGUCGAGCUGCUGGUAGGAGAGGGACUGGGGAGCCCACCUGUCACCCUGUGCACUUCAGGACUCACCCGCUUCGACCUGCUGGGCGACUUUGGACGCUUCAACUGGCUGGGAAACUUCUACAUCGUGUUCCUCUACAACGCAGCCUUUGCCGGCCUCAGCACGCUGUGCUUGGUGAAGACCUUCACCGCGGCCGUGCGGGCAGAGCUCAUCCGAGCCUUUGGCCUGGACAGAUUGCCGCUGCCUGUUUCCGGCUUCCCCCGGGCAUCUCGGAAGAGCCAGCACCACCAGUGACCUCCGGCUGGGGGAGGGAGGGAGAGAACUGGACACUGCCAUCUGCUACCGAAGGGCCUGGAGGGAACCGGGGUUGGUGGGAUCUCAGGGCCCGGCAUCUGAGAGUGUGGGUGGGCAGAGGGGAACUGAGCCAUCUGCACUGUUGCAUAAUCUGAGCCAGCGUUUGGGACCAGGCCUCUGCUUUUCCAGACUUAACAGUGGUCUCAGCUUGGGGUUGGGCUGGGUGACUGGGCCUGGCCUCCUGGUCCCAAAUCCGUUUACAAAUCAAUCUGCCUCACUGCUGUUCCGGGCCAUGCCCGGAGCCAUGUUUACAUGACCUGAUGUGCAAUAGGGUGGGGUGGGGGCAGGGAGGGGGCUGGGCCAGGGCAGGCUCAGGCAGCAGGUUGUCUGCCUUGCCUCUGGCCCAGUGGAGCCUAAGCACUGUGCUGUCCUAGAGAGACUGAAGGCGUAGGGAUGAAGAGGCUGCACCCAACAGCAAUAAAGUUGAUCCCAGGGUUUG